CGUCAACAGGCGUCAACCGUGUACUCAACGACGAACACGAGCACCGUCCCUUCAGCAAUUGAGGCAUGGUUGUGAAAAAACAGCGUACGGUGGUCACUGGACCGUCUACGCCAGCACCAUCAGUAGGCUCAAGAACGAAUUCAACGCAGGCGUUACCAAAGAGCUCCCAUAAACUGAUUCCGAACAAAACGACACAAUCAAAGGGAAGCAACAAUGCAAAGAAAGAAAAAGCAAAGCAAGGGAGCAAAAAGUCAGCGAACUGGCUUGACAUCCUCCUACUCAUGUUCCUCUCCGUAUUCACGCUAUACGCCUACAACACCUGCUCUUCCCCAACAAAUACCCUCCAUAAUCCGCUUUGUAGGUCAUUAUACACCUACAAAACCCACAUAGUCGACCCCUACAUCCUCCCGACGCUUCAGAAUGCCUACGAGUCUGUUCGUUCACAUCCAACAGUGAAACAGGUAGAACCCUACGUCGAACGCGUCAAACCUCACGCUCAACGUGCAGCUCGAGUUGCAACUCAUUACACAGAGAGGGCGUAUUCAACUGUCGUACUUCCUACAUGGAACAACCACGUCUCACCAGCCUCAGGCAAAGCAUUGAAUGCCGCCCUUAACCAAUAUCACAAAUCUGUUCACCCACUGAUUCAACCUUAUUUCGAGCAUCUCUAUCCAUACAUCUCCCAAAUAAACUCAUAUACCCAAUCUAUAUCUGCAAAGGGCAACGAAAUUUAUAACCGAGCUCACCCUCAUAUCAUCCAAGUCGCAGAGUACACGAGUGCUGCGUAUAUCCGUGGAAAACAUUACGGAUCCAUAAUCCUCGCCUAUUCUCACCGUGGUUACAAAUUGCUCCGCCCACAUUUGAUAUCUGCGUCCCAGAGAACAAGAGGCGCUGCCUGUGUUGCAUAUCAACGAACGAAACCGCUGGUCAUCCAAGUCUGGGAAACCUACGUCGGCCCUCACCUGCGCAUGAUACGGGAGAAAGUCGUCGAGUUGAGUGGAAAGAGGGAGGUAAACGGGAACGGAAGUUCUGUAACUCAUGCUUAUCGGAACAAGGUAGGGGAAGGUGAGGACACUAAGGCGUCAACGGCUGAAGGCACUCCUUCUACCUCUUCAACCCCACCCUCGACCGUUUUUACAACUGAAACGGUUGUCAAAGCAUCCGAGCCAGCUGCACCGGAGAUACCCGAGGAACCCGUCGUGCCUGUUGCUUCAUUCACGUCAUCGUCUCCUUCAACGACAUCCUCUGUGGAAACCGAGGUUCAGAAUCACAACACUGAAGAACUGGCAUCCGCUUCAUCAAUUAUUGCGGAUAGGGGACCACCCGAAGAAGUCAGAACUUCCCUAGUAGAAGAAAUUGCCUCUUCCUCGAUUCUUCGUGCUUCCGAAAGUUCCUCGUCACAAGCAGUACCGACAACUGAAGAAUUGGCAUCCGCGUCAUCAGUAAUAGCAGCUCGAAUCCCAGACUCGUCGUCGUUGAUUGAUGAAAUUCGGUCUUCGUCGAACGCUGCUGUUUCUGCAGCUCAUGCGUCCGAGGAUAAGCACCAAUCGGCGGAAGGCGAUUUAGACAGUUUCUUGGCUGAUUUGGGUGUUCCAGAGGAAGAGGAGAAGGGCACGCUUCCCACGAACUCGAACUCGGAAGACGACCUGGAUUCUUUCUUAUCCGACUUGGGUUUCGAUGCUCCAGAAGCUGAAGGCAGCCAAGACCAGGAUCCCCAAACUGAGUUAGAGCAGACGGAAUCUGAUUCUCAGACACAGACACAACAAGAAGAAGAAGACCCUGAAGCUCGUGCGAUUCGCAUACAAAUAAAGCGGACCGAAAUCGAGAAUCGGCAUAUGCUCUGGGAAGAUAAGCUUGGAAAACUUGUGGAAGAUUCCGAGAGAGAUUUGACUGAAUUUCUGGGUGCUGUUCGAGUGGUUGCUCGAGCGGUUCUUGAUAGGAAAACCCCUGAUAAGGAAUCCCUAUCCAGCCUAGAGAUGCGCGUUGACCUCACAAAGCUCAAGGAGAUCGAUGGUCUUCCUGUUGGUGGAUUGCUUGAUUCGUUGGAAAAAGAAGGGGAGAGAUUGUUGGCUGGUGUUGAGGCGUGGGUGAAGCGUGAACACGAGAGUGGUACAAGUCCGGAUGACAAAACUCGGAAAGCCAAAGUAGUCAAGCUUGAACAGUUAGUUAGCAAGGUCAAAGAGAGGUUUGACAAGGAGGUUACACAGAUGCAGGAGAGGGUACAUCGGUGGUAUGUGGCGGUCAGGGAUGUUGAGGUUCAAGAGUGCCUUCAAAUGUCUCAAGAAGUGAAAUCCCUCGCUGACAAUGCCCAGAGCGAUCUUGGAAUGGACUAUGCGUGGUUGGAAAAUGUGAAUUGGGAAGAUUGGCAGAGGUAUCAUGAUUUGGCUAGGACUUAUGAAUAUUUCGACAAAAUCGUCCGACACAUGCAGAACCCAGAACAUAACCCUAUGCCUGAAACUGUCCCGGUGGCGUUUGUAGACAAGUUACAGUUGUUGGCACACGAUACGCAAGAAAAGAAGGACGUUCAGAACGAUGAACUCGUUUUGGCUCUUGAUACGUUGGCGCGAGAGCUGGAUUCAAUGGCGCUUGGGUGGGAGUGGAAGGCUAAAGAGGUUGAGGCGAGGGGUAGAAGGGUUAUUUAUGGUGAACCGGAAACGGAAGCUGGAUCGGAGAGGGGCGGAGAAGAUUCGAACGAAGAACCUGUUAAAAUCCUCCCCAUCUCACCGGCACCUGGAAAAGAAGAGAUUACUGGUGGAGAUAUGCAAGUGCCUAUCAUUGGGAAGAGUAAGGAACAAGUUGAGGAGGCGAUGAAGGCUGCCGGUUCCGGGGAUGGGGAAAAGGAACUUGGUGAUGCCCCAAUGCCUUUUAUUGGGAAGAGUAAAGAACAGGUCGAGGAGGCGCUGAAGGUUGCUGGUUUCGGAAUUCCGGGAAGAGAAGAACUGUAGAAGAUCUCCUGAUUUUUCCUCCGAGCAUCUGACUACUUUCUCUUUCUCUGGAAAUUCCCCACACCGCAUUGCACUUACUCUUACUUUUACCUGCUUAUUUGUAUACAUAUCAUCCCCCGAGACUCGAAUGUUUUCGGUUGUUCGUUUUUUUAUUGACCAUGACACACACUCAUUCCCUGGGUCUCCCCACCUUUUUCGUGCGUUAUAGAACGCUUAACGUCGGCUUCGAGCUCAUUCGUUUCCACUCUUUCACUCUAAACUACCUGUUUUACCUAACCAUUCACGCGUCACGUCCAGGUAUUUAUUAUUCAGUUCAUUCUUGUUGUCGUGUCGUUACUUUGAUCAAUAUGACGAAGGAAAUUGAAUGUUCUUUCAGCAGGUUUGAUAUUGCAG